GAGUGCUUCUUAGACAAGCAAGAGAUGCAAUAGAUGUUGUAGUGGGAUAUUCAAAAGAUGGAUUCACGCCUGGCGCAAUAGAUACAGCCAAAACAUCGAUAUACGAUAUUAUUUUCAUGGAUGAGAUGGAUUUGCGUAUAGAACCCUCGGCUGUUGAUUCCACAGGAUUAAUUAUGUAG